AUGUCCGCCGACGCGGAACCCACACCUGCCGAAAGGGACGAUGCCCACUUCACCACCACCAGUCGCGAACGAUCCAAGGAUGCCGCAAGCGAUAGCGACACGUCUUCGAGCGACGUCGAGACGCCCGCGUCGGACCAAGCGACAGAAUGGCUCGCCACGGGUCGAAAACGACGCUCCACCGCGGGCAACAGAAUGAAGUCCAUGCUCGCCAACGAGGAACCCGACUCGGACCUGGAGCUCCUCUUCGCUGAGGACGACGAUGACCAAGGCUUCAGCGAGGUGGGCGACGACGCGUCUGACGUGCACAUGGACUCUUCCUCGGACGAGGACGAGGACGACAAGAACGGCGCCCAGGUCGACGAGCUCGAGGGCGAGAAGGAGCUGGAACGCAAGGAAAAGGCACAACGCGCCGCCGCGCGGAAACGCAAGGCCACAGACGCCAUCCCCUCGAGAUUCCGGAAAAAGGUCCGCGUCGACGCGACCCCGCAGCGACAGGUCGUCCCGCCGCCCGCGCCACGUCCGAAGAAGAAGUCGGAGCGGACAUCGUGGCUGCCCACGACGUCCGACUUGCCCACGCGCGCCUCCUCCCGCUCCACGACCCGCAUGUCCAAAGAGCAGCUGCACGCGCAGAUGGAGGAGCGCGAGGCGCGACGCCUCAAGCAGAUGGAGCACAUGGCCAAAAAGGCCGCCAAAGCCGAGGCCAUGAAGAAGCCGCCAAUGACGCAGGAAGAGAGGCUCCGCGAGGCGGCGCUGGUGGAGAAGCGGAACGCAAAGAGCCUCAAUCGGUGGGAGGAGGCAGAAAAGUCGCGCGAGGACGAGCGAAAGGCCAAGCUGGCCGCACUCAACAACCGAACAUUGAAAGGGCCCGUCAUCACCUUUUGGAGCGGCACGAGGGCGUGGAAAGACGGUGGCCUGACGAGCUAUGUUGUUAUGGAGGAGAAGCCGAAAAGAAAGGAGCGGAAGCCCAAGGACAAGGACAAGGACAAGGCGAAACCAAAUGGCAGCGGUCCGACCCCGGUUACAAAUGGCACAGGACUCCCGAAAGAGAUUCCGUCGAAAUCCGAAAACGGGGAUGUGUCAACGCCAGUCAAGGAGGAGCAGGGGACUUCAAAUCAAGCAAACGGGACUCUAGAAGUGAUGGAGCCGCAGCUAGCACAGCCGCCUGCGGUGUCGCCUCCUCCUCCGGCGGCGGCGGCGGCGAAUGGGUUGGCGGCUCCAGUCCCAGAGCCAGCAUCGACCACGGCGGUAUCAGAGAACAACAACAGCAACAACAACAAAGCGUCAGCCGUACUAGCAGCGCCAGUCCUGGCGGCGCCCGCAGGCGUCGAUCCCUCGCCCAGCGCCCCUCCUCCAAACCAUCCGGACACGCCAAAAUCUUCUGUAUUGGCCGCACCGACACCGCAGCCAUCCGAGCCUCCCACGCAGGAAGAGACGUCCCAGGAUCAUACACUCCUCCAGCCCGUUGCCACCCUGGAUAGACCCGUGCCCCCUGAGGACAAGCUCACACCACCCGUGGACAAGCCCAUCACACCCACGGAAAAUGGCACGGGCGCCACGCCACCGGAAGCCCCUGAGCCGCCGUCCACGGCCACGGUAAUAGAACCAGCACCGGAAUCCACUACCACGGCAACGCGCAACACCAUCAUCUAUCAGAACUUUGACGAGAAUGCCAUCAAGGACAAGUCCAUACAGACGCAGAUUCUGUUUGGUCGCAAAAUGACCAAGCUCGCCAAACCACCUGCCGCCCCAGUGUGCGCCAUCACCAACCAUCCGGCGCGCUACCAUGACCCCAAGACCGGUCUACCCUAUUACAACGCCUAUGCGUACCGCGAGAUUCACCGGCUCAUACGGGGCAACUACAAGUUCAGUGGCGCCCUGGGUGCGUGGGCCGGCAGCGGAACGUAUGCGGCCAAGGGCGUGCCGGAGCGCUUCCUGAACCCCGCGGCUAAGAGUGAGAAGCAAAAGAUGGAGGAAAAGAAAGCGCAGCAGCAGCAGGCAACGGAGAGCAAGGUCAACGGUGCGCACGGGCAAGCCGCGCAACCCAUGGAAGGGGUGGAGACAACCGACACCGUGGGGACUCUGGACCAAAUCAAGCAUGUUGAGUCUGUCCAGCCGGCUUCCGCGCCAGUCAAUGCUCAGGGUGUUCAGGUGUAA